UUCGUGGACCACCCAUCUUCACUCAAGCGGGAACGUGCUUCGUUUCCACUGAGGAGGUGUGGGAAUUCUACCCAUUCAUCUUUAGCUCCCUGAAGUUUUGGGUGGACAUGCUCACCAAUGUGACCCUAGAGCCAAUGAUCAUGUUUCGGGGUUCGGGAGCCAUCCAGCAAUUCGGAGCCCUCUAUGUGGUGAGUUCCACGGAUCAUCCCUUCGCUAAGCUCAUGCAAGCUCCCUUGAGAGCCAUGCCAGGAACCGUGUCCACUAUCGGAUUAACCACGACCAUUACUGAUCGGCGACAACUUCAAGCGGAUCUAUGCACCUUUAAGAACGAGAGCUUCGAGAGUCAAUAUGGGAUCGAAUACUCGAAGCUCAACUGCGAGAUCUUGUCGAUUGCCAAUGACUUUUCUGGAUGCAGUGUCACGCCUUACUAUGGCCUCAGCGAACAAGACAAUCUGCCCAUUUGCACACCGGCCUUGCUUCAAAAAGAGAACUUCAGCAUCCGGAAAGAGAGCAGGGUCUCAUCUGAUUCGUGCAAAUAUGACUGCAUUCAAAGUGAUUUCCGAGCCGAGGUCACCACGGGAUCAUUAUUCGUCAUGGAAAACGUCGAAGAUCGACAUAGUGAUCCAUUGAACAAAAGGGACACAAUCGUGCUGGAAAUGCACAUGAAAUCGUUCGAUUUCGAAAAGCAAAUUCAGUACUACGACUCGUUUCUGGAUUUUCUGUCGAAAAUUGGAGGCUGGCUGGGAUUGGUGUUCGGAGCCUCGAUCAUCUCGUUCUUUGAGAUCUUCUAUUUCCUCAUUUAUCUCUUAAUCAAGCUUGUUAGUAGACACUCGCCCUAAUUGGCAUUAAUCCCAACAACCACUACACGUCAUGAAAGCGCCAGUUGUCAUUUAUUUGUGGACUUGCCAAGAAGUGUCCACAAAUCAGCAGAGACACUUCACAAUGCCUGAU